UAUAUACUGCUCUCCAGCUAAUGGUACAAAGAUAUCAGUGGACUUCAAAAAGGUCCCACAAACCUAACCACGUUUCACACCUAAAACCAUAACCCUCCAUUACAAAACCAAACUUGAAAAACUUUGAUCACAUUGUAAGCCAUUUUCAAACAUGUCAAAAUCAAUAACCUCUGUUUUCUUCUUCUUCUUUCUCUUUCUUUGCUUAAGUUCAGUUCAAUCUCUUCCUCCAUCUUCUGAUAUCAUCGCACUUCAAGCUUUUAAAGCCGCCAUUAAACCUUCUAGUAUUCCUUCAUAUUCUUGUUUAGGUUCUUGGAAUUUCAGUUCUGACCCUUGCUCUGUUCCUCGUGUGACUCAUUUCACUUGUGGACUUUCUUGUAGUUCUGGUAAUAGAGUUACUGAACUCACUCUUGACCCAGCUGGUUACUCAGGUACGCUUACUCCGUUAAUUUCUAAACUCACUCAACUCGUCACUCUUGAUCUUCAGAAUAACAACUUCUACGGCCCAAUUCCUGCUUCUCUCUCCUCUCUUCCCAAUCUCAAAAACCUCGUUUUGAGACUUAACUCAUUUUCUGGAUCAGUCCCACCAUCGCUCACUUCUCUUAAAUCUCUUCUUUCCCUUGAUCUUUCUCAUAACUCGAUUUCUGGGUUACCAAAUUCGAUGAACCAACUCACUAGCUUGAGAAGACUGGAUCUUAGUUAUAAUAAGCUUACCGGGUCACUCCCAAAGUUACCCCCGAAUCUUAUAGAACUUGCAGCGAAGGCUAAUUCUUUAUCUGGGUCUCUAUUAAAGUUGUCAUUUGAUGGGUUAAAACAGCUGGAAGUAGUUGAGCUGAGUGAAAAUUUGUUAUCCGGAACGAUUGAAGCUUGGUUUUUUCAGUUACCUUCACUGCAACAAGUCGACAUGGCGAAUAACGGCUUUACACGUGUCGAGAUCUCAAGGACUGGAAAUCUGAACAGCGACCUCGUCGCCGUCGACUUGGGUUUCAACAAAAUCGAAGGCUAUUUGCCCGUAAAUUUCGCGUUUUUUCCUCGGUUGUCUUCACUGUCGCUGAGCUAUAACAGGUUUCGUGGACCAAUCCCGUGGCAGUACAGUAAAAAGGUGACGUUGAAAAGGUUGUAUUUGGACGGUAAUUUCUUGAAUGGGUCGCCGCCGGCUGGAUUUUUCGGCCGGCAAACGGGAGUCACCGGCAGUUUAGGGGACAAUUGUUUACAAAAAUGUCCGACUUCUUCGCAACUUUGCUUGAAAUCACAGAAACCUACGUCCAUUUGCCAACAAGCUUACGGUGGGAAACCAAAGUCUUAGUUUUGCGUCAGUCAAUGCUUCUGAGAUUUUUGUCUUGGUUUUCAUAUUGUAAUAGGAGUAUUUUAUUCUUUGGAUAAGAGAAAUGCCUAAUAUAAUCUGUUCGUUCAUCUGAAUUAUGCCAUCUGUAUAUUGUAUAGUAUACCUAGUUAUACUAGAAAAUUAUGGAUAUCUUAGUACAAUAAUUCCUUA